CCCUUCUCUUUUUCUUCACUGCACAAAUUGAAACCCUCUCUCAGACUCUCGCACGGCACAAAUCGCUGCCACUGCUCUCUCUCGACUCGCCGUACACACCAUUGUCUCCCUCGCCAACAGAAACCCUCAUUCACCAAUUCCGGCGAGAUCCGCCAUUUAAAGUCGCGCUCCACGGCUCUGCUCUGUUUCUCCCCACUGAUUUCGCCACCUUGCUCUCCUUUCCGUUUUCAAGUAGAUUCAAAAAAAGGUAUUUCCACAUUGAUUGAGUGAAUUUGUUGGUUUCAUUACUGAAAUCCUUGUUUAUGACUAAAAUUGUUGCUCAAAUUGAAAUUGUUGUUGAAAUCAUGUAUAUUUAGAUAAUGCCUGAAAUUUUGGAGAAAAAAACUGUCAAAUUUUUCGCCGAUAUUAAUGAUAGAAAACUGUGUUUUCAUAUACGAUUGUCUUCAAUAGCUACGACGUCGAUUGUUUAUGGGCCGAUGUAUGUUUUUUAAGACUCACGGCCCAAAAUCAGGAGUUGCCCCUCUCAACACGAAAUGCUUUAAAUUUAUUUGAUUAUUUCGAAUCAUUUCUGGAAAAAUCAAUUUUCAAGCUUCACAAUUUUUCUCUCUUUGCCGGCGGUGGAUUUGCUCUGAGAAUUACUGAAACCUCCCCCAUCUGAAAGUGGUAACUAUGUCAUCCCAACAUGUUCCUGCAACUGAGGAUUCGAUUAGUGCUGCUAAAGAGAAAACUGCGGCUGAGGCUAUCCCUAUCCUUUAUGGGAUCCUUGAAGAUCCUUCAUCUUCUUCAGAAGCCUUAAAGAUCAAAGAAUUGGCUAUUACCGACCUAUCAGAUCGUCUGAGGGAAGUUGGUCGAGCAGAAGAACUACAGAACCUACUGACUAAAUUGCGGCCUUUCUUUUCUUUGAUCCCAAAGGCAAAAACUGCAAAGCUCGUACGUGGUAUUAUUGAUUCAGUUGCUAAAAUUCCUGGGACCUCUGAUCUCCAAAUCUCUCUUUGCAAGGAGAUAGUGCAAUGGACAAGGGCUGAAAAGCGAACUUUUCUCCGACAACGAAUUGAGGCUCGGCUCGCAGCUCUUCUGAUGGAAAGUAAGGAAUAUUCAGAAGCACUGAAUCUUCUUUCAGGUCUCAUUAAGGAGGUUAGAAGAUUAGAUGACAAGCUACUACUUGUGGAAAUUGACUUGCUUGAGAGCAAACUCCAUUUCGCCUUGAGAAACUUGCCCAAAGCCAAGGCUGCACUUACCGCUGCAAGAACAGCAGCAAAUGCGGUAUAUGUGCCUCCAGCACAGCAGGGCACCAUAGAUUUGCAGAGUGGAAUUCUCCAUGCAGAAGAGAAGGACUACAAAACGGCAUACAGCUACUUCUUUGAAGCAUUUGAAGCUUUCAACACUCUCGGAGACCCCCAGGCAAUUUACGGCCUUAAGUACAUGCUUCUGUGCAAAAUUAUGGUGAACCAGGCUGAGGAUGUGGCAGGAAUUAUAUCAUCGCCCAAGGUUGGUUUGCAAUAUAAAGGACCAGAACUAGAUGCGAUGAAAGCCAUUGCUGAUGCUCACUCAAAGCGCUCUCUGAAGCUCUUUGAGACUGCGCUGCAGAAUUUCAAGAAUGAGUUGGAUGAAGACCCCAUUGUCCACAGGCACCUUUCUGCCCUCUACGACACACUACAGGAACAGAAUCUCUGCAGGUUGAUCGAGCCAUUCUCAAGAGUAGAGAUUGCCCACAUUGCUGAAUUAAUCGAAUUGCCAUCUCACCAAGUUGAGAAGAAGUUAUCUCAGAUGAUUCUGGAUAAGAAGUUUGCAGGGACUCUAGACCAGGGUGCUGGAUGCCUAAUCAUAUUUGAUGAUCCCAAGACUGACGCAAUCUACCCAGCGACUUUGGAGACUAUAUCAAACAUGGAGAAGGUUGUGGACAGCCUCUAUGCAAGGUCGGCCAAAAUAAUGGCAUGAGGAUGACAUGGCGGCAUACAACUUUUCUUCUCAGCGAUUUAUGUUCCAUGAAUCAAGACCCUAUUACUUUCGUCAUGUUCUUCUAAUCUUUGUACCCUUCUUUUCUCUGCCAUUGAUUGCAGCAUCGUAUUUGAACUUCUGGCUUUUCAUGUGCUCCAUAUUUCAUUUUGCUGUUUUCAUUAUGCUACUACUUUCCUUUGAUAAUGGCCAAACGGAAUUUUAUUUGUGAA